UCUUCGUCCUGACCACCAGCUGCAAUUCCGGGAGAUCUCCAGGCACCUCCUGGAGGCUCACCCCAAAGCACAGAGACCACCGCCUGGGUCCUCCUCCCUCAAGCCAGAGCCUGACCACAGCUGGGUGGGGGGAGUGAAAAUCCUUCCCUCUUACCCCCCUGCUCCUGCCUCCAGCGCCGUCUGUCCUCUCCGUCUGUCCUCUUCCUCCCCUUCCCCGUUAGCCGGAGGGUGGACUUCGCACCCCCACCCCUUGACGUCGCCGGAGGGGGGCUGCCUCCGCUCGUACCUGCUCUGCCCGACGAACAGACGCGCCUUAGACGGCUCCGGGUGGCAGCUGGGUCGCGCCGCGCUCUUGCCUCCCCUCCACGUGCGCCUCCUCGCCGCCAUGUCUCUCCUGCUGGAGGCCGUCGGCUUCUUCCUGGCCACCGUCGGCUGGGCGCUGCUAGCCGUGACCCUCUUCAACAGCUACUGGAGGGUCUCCACCGUCUCGGGCAACGUCAUCACCACCUCCACCCUCUUCGAGAACUUGUGGCAGAGCUGCGCCACCGACUCCACCGGCGUCUACAACUGCUGGGAGUUCCAGUCCUUGCUGGAGUUGCCAGCCUACCUGCAGGCCUCCCGGGCCCUCAUGAUCACCGCGCUGGUGCUGGGCUUCUUGGGGCUCCUCUGUGCCAUGGUGGGGAUCAAGUGCAGCAGAGUCGCAGAGGAGAACCCCAACGUGAAGGCGAAGAUGGCCGUCGUCGGAGGCUGCAUGUUUGUCUUGGCCGGUCUCUGUGGGAUGGUGACGAUCUCUUGGUACGCCUUCAACAUUACCCGAGACUUCUUUAACCCGCUCUUUGCCGGCACAAAGUAUGAAAUUGGACCCGCCCUCUACCUGGGCUGGAGCGCAUCGCUGCUGACGAUCAUCGGUGGCGGGUUCCUGUUCAGCUCGUGUCGGGUUCACUCUCCGCCGGAGAAAAGUUACAACUAUCCAUACAAGGGCACGAAGAGUGCGACGUCGGCCCCGAACCUGACGCCCGCCCGCCCCCGUGUGGAUUCUAACGCCAGCAGCGCCGGAAAGUAUGGCAAAAACGCUUACGUUUAA